AAUUUACCUUAACUAUACCGUAAUUGUUGUUUCUAUAUAACCUUUCUAUGUGUUUGUUGUUUCUGAUUUGAAAAAUUGAUUUUUGAAGCUAUGGUCACUACUUGUAUUGUAGGACCCUCCAUUUAGGAAAAUAUAUUUAUGUAUUAUAGCUUAUUAUUGGAGCUAUCACAACAAAAUCCAAAUUUGUUCAUGAAGAGAAGUUGUUAUGUUGAACUACCUAUACCAGAGGAUGAGGACGAUGAUAUUCCAGAGCAGUGUAAAUUGUAUGUUGAUACUAAUGAUUUUGUAGUAGCAUAUGCUGAUGCGUACAAGUUGGGGCCCACCUUACACAAUCAGUUGUUAGAUAAUCAUAUGGUUAGGGUGCUGGUUACCAAGGUUUUAGAUGCAAAUGUUCAAGUACCUAUACCCACUGAUGAGGUGACAACAGUUGGUCAUGUUUCAAAUACUUUCAUUCAAUGGCCAAAAAGACUUUUGCGCCUUGUUUCUGAUAAGGAGGUUGACAUAUUUAUGAAAGUUGACGUUCCACUCAAAAAAUCUGAAUCUCAACUAGAUUAUAUUCAACAAUUGUUGUUAAAGUCGAUGAUAUUCAACAAUUGUUGUUAA